UCUGUGUCUUUGUGUGAGUGUGUCCUGUGAGUGUGUGUGUCUGUGUGUGAGUAUGUCUGUGUGUGUCUGUGAGUGUGUGUGAGUGAGUGUGUGUCUGUGUGUGUGUGAGUGUGUGUGUGAGUGUCUGUGUGUGUGUGUCUGUGUGUGUGUGUGUGUCUUGUGUGUAUGUGUGUGUGUGAGUGUCUUUGUGUGUGUAUGUGUGUGUGUCUGGUGUGUGUGUGGGGAGUGGUGGGUGUAGUGGUUAGCGCUACGCUGCGCUACAAACCCGGCGACCCGGCACCAUGGGCACCGGUGCCGAUGUGCGUGACAUCUUGGAGCUUUCGGCGGACGGGGAGAUGGUGGCACCCAUCAGCAAACGCGACCUCCUGCUGCAGACCGACAAGAAAAAGUCAAAGAAGCUGGCAGAGACUCCGACGUUCAAGCGUCCGGAGGGGAUGCACCGAGAGGUCUACGCCCUGCUCUACUCGGACAACAAGGACGCCCCGCCGGUGCUGCCCAGCGACUCGUCCCAGGGCUACCGCACGGUGAAGGCGCGCCUCGGGUGCCGCGUGGUGCGGGCGUGGCGCUGGACCCCCUUCACCCACCCGGCGCGCACCGACGGCGCCGUCUUCCACCACUGGCGGCGCGCCACCGACCAGCCCAGCGAGUAUCCCUUCGCUCGCUUCAACAAGAGCGUGCAGGUGCCCGUGUUCACGGAGCAGGAGUACGCGUCGCACCUGCAGCACGACGACUGGAGCCGCGCCGAGACUGACCACCUGCUCGACCUCUGCCAGCGGUUCGACCUGCGCUGGGUGGUCAUGCACGACCGCUACGACUGCAACACCUACAAGCGACGCUCCGUGGAGGACCUGAAGGAGCGCUACUACUCCAUGACGUCGCGUCUCCUCCGUGCCCGCGCCCCGCCCGGCACGGAGCCGCGUGCCGUCCCCGCCUUCGACGCCGAACACGAGCGGCGGCGCAAGCAGCAGCUGGAGCGUCUCUUCAGCCGCACGCCGGAGCAGCUGGCGGAAGAGGAGACGCUGGUGUCGGAGCUGCGUCGCAUCGAGUCUCGCAAGAAGGAGCGCGAGCGCGCCACGCAGGACCUGCACAAGCUGAUGGGCGCGGCGACCAGCGCCACGGCCUCGCUGCAGCACCACCACCACCAGCAGCAGCAGCAGCACCAGCAGCAGCAGCAGCAGGGCCACGGGCAGCAGCACGGGGGGGCGGGUUCGGCGGCGGCGGCGUCGGGGGGACCGGGGGGCCAGGCGGGAGGGCCCCCCCCCCACCACCACCACCAUCACCACCACCAUCACCACCACCACCACCACCACCGCGCGCACGAGCGCAAGGCCAGCAAGAAGAAGGCGACGCACCGGCGGGGAGACUCGGGGGACCGGGCGGCUGUACUGGAGACAGCCGGGAUCAAGUUCCCGGAUGCCAAGUCAGCCGGGGUGAUGCUGCGCAGUCAGAGGAUGAAGUUGCCAAGCUCCGUUGGCCAGAAGAAAGUGAAAGCGAUCGAGCAGAUCCUCACCGAGCUGGGCAUCGACCUGAGCCCGAUGCCCACGGAGGAGGUGGUGCUGCUGUACAACGAGCUGCGCUCCGACCUGGUGCUGCUCUACGAGCUGAAGCAGGCGCUGGGCACCUGCGAGUACGAGCGGCACACGCUCACGCACCGCUACCACAACCUGCGCGCCAUCGCGGGGGGCUCCGAGCCGCCGACGACGGCACCGGCGCCGCCGGGGGGCGGAGGGGCGGCCGGCGCGGCGUCUGCCGGCGCCGCCCCCUCCUCCUCCUCCGCGUCGACCGGCGCGACCGCGACCGCGGCGCUGCCGCCACCGCCGCCGUCGUCAUCCUCGUCCUCCUCCACCUCCUCCUCCUCGUCGUCCGUGUCGGUGCCGACCGCCGGCGUGCGGCCAGACGGAGAGUUGCAGUCCGCGGACGUCGCUCGCUCCGACGGACUCGCGGACGCCAUGGGGGCAAACAUCUCGCGCAAGCGGAGGGAGUCUGCGCCUGGGGUCUGCCUCAUGAAGAAAAAGAAAAACUAGCCACGGAUACGUCUACGGCGUCUACAGCAGCAGCUGUAAAGCAGUGACAGCUUUACAGAACCAACAGAUACAUGUACAUCAUCUACAGCAUCUACAGCGUCUACAGCAGCAGUCGGCCAACGAUGGCGAUUUAACCGGGUUCUCACCCCGAUCACAUAGUGACUCGCAUAUAGACCCGGAGACUCACACAGACACCCGUAGACUCGCACAGAGACCCGUAGACUCACAGAGAGACCCGUAGACUCACACAGAGACCCGUAGACUCACACAGAGACCAGUAGACUCGGACAGAGACCCGUAGACUCGCACAGAGACCCAUAGACUCACACAGAGACCCGUAGACUCACAGAGAGACCCGUAGACUCACACAGAGACCCAUAGACUCACACAGAGACCCGUAGACUCACACAGAGACCCGUAGACUCACACACAGAGAACCGUAGACUCGCACAGAGACCCGUAGACUCGCAUAGAGACCCGUAGACUCGCACAGAGACCCGUAGACUCGCACAGAGACCCAUAGACUCACACAGAGACCCAUAGACUCACACAGAGACCCACAGACUCACACAGAGACCCACAGACUCACACAGAGACCCAUAGACUCGCACAGAGACCCAUAGACUCACACAGAGACCCAUAGACUCGCACAGAGACCCAUAGACUCACACAGAGAUCCGUAGACUCACACAGAGACCCAUAGACUCACACAGAGACCCGUAGACUCACACAGAGACCCGUAGACUCACACAGAAACCCACAGACUCACACAGAGACCCAUGGACUCACACAGAGACCCGUAGACUCACACAGAGACCCAUGGACUCACACAGAGACCCGUAGACUCACACAGAGACCCGUAGACUCACACAGACCCGUAGACUCACACAGACACAUAGACUCACACAGAGAACCAUAGACUCACACAGAGACCCAUAGACUCACACAGAGACCCAUAGACUCGCACAGAGACCCACAGACUCACACAGAGACUCAAACUCACAGAGAGACCCACAGACUCACACAGAGACCCAUAGACUCACACAGAGACCCAUAGAUUCGCACAGAGACCCACAGACUCACACAGAGACCCAUAGACUCGCACAGAGACCCACAGACUCACACAGAGACCCAU